AUGCCUGUGGCCCAGCAGCCUCAGAGUCUUCCACGUAUCGACGUGUGUUUCACCCCUAGUCUCAUAGGUAAUGUCCCUAACGGCCAAGAACAUGCACGCCUCAAGAUUCAAAUGGCGAUGGACGUACCUCUUUUGCAGACCAAUGAAGCGAUUCUUGUUAUUGACACCAAGCGCGAGACUGUACCUGCUCAACCCUAUACCAAUGAGUCCAUCAGCUUUGUAGACGAGAAAGGACCACUACCGACAUUCACGAAAGAUGACGACAACACCUACUUAUUUCCACGACGUACCUGGUAUAUUACCAGGCCGACCGAAGGCAAAGUCUCAAUGGCCUUUACGGCCGUGCCUCGCAAAGUUGACGAGUACACCAAGGUCGCAGCUCGAACGGAUCUGAGAUAUGAAAGAGGUGGAUUACAUGGCAGUGGAAUCACGAUCUUGCCUAUGCCAGCAUUUCCCGAUGCCUCCAAACAGACGUGGGAAAUGACCGUACAAUGGAAUUUGAGUGAAACACCUCCAGAUACAAGGGCUGUUUGGACAUUUGGUGAAGGCCCACGACCUGUUACAAAUACUGGCUCUGUAGCUCGUUUAUGGUCCACCCUUCUCAGUGUGGGGCCAUUGAACAGUUGUAACCAUCAGCCUAAUGACUUCUUCAACGUCUAUUGGCUUGGCGAACUUCCCUCUAAUAUCGUUGCGACGUUGAACUACUCUCAAUUAACAUUCUUGGCCAUGUCCAAGUUUUGGAAAGACCCGAUGUCAGCCAAGAACCCAUAUCGUAUUUUCGUUCGCAAUACGCUGCCGGCAAAGGGCUUUGGAGGGACGGAAUUCACCCGAAGCUACAUGAUGGAAUAUGAUGAUCAAAUUGACGAGCGCACCGAGACAGAUCUGACACUUCUGCUUACUCAUGAGAUGGUUCACAAUUGGCCAUCGAUGGGAAAGGCAGCGGAUGAAGAAGGUGCAGAUGAAGAGAAUGAAGAGGGUUCGUGGUUCACAGAAGGGGUCGCAGAUCUAUACGCUGCAUACCUUCCGUACAAGUUUGGCCUUAAAGAUGCCGAAUGGUACAGAGAAGCCUUGAAUGUGUUCCUCGCGGGAUACUAUACAAAUCCAGCGGUUCGUGUGCCGAAUAGUGAGGCGCGGCGAAAGGCAUGGGAGCUGCCGAGCUAUCAGAUGAUGAUUUAUGCCAGGGGCUUUGCCUACCUGCAAAAGCUCGAUGGCCAAAUUCGUGAGGCCGCAGGAGGUCGACGCUCGGUCGACGACCUCGUUACACAUCUCAUCAUGAACAAAAGGAAAGGACUCGCAUAUGGCAUCGAUGAAUGGCGCAAACUUGUUCUAUCAGAGCUUGGCUGCGAGGCAAUACAGGACUACGAGCAGAUGACUCAGGGAGCGCUCCAGAUUCCAAACGCGACAACCAUGGACCCACCAAUGAGGCUGGUGAGAGAUGAUCUGGAGAUGGUUGAGCUUGGGUUUGAGCCCAUAUCACUAUCCAGUAGAGUUGUCGCCGGGUUGAAACCAGGAAGCCGAGCUGAGAAAGCGGGCGUUAGAAAUGGAGACGAGAUCUUGAAGAGCAUUUCCUUAUGGACGCUUAGCGCCAAGUAUGGGGCCAUGAAUCAGCUGACUAUACGGCGGGCGAACUCGGACGAGGUUUUGGAGGUUAAGUACUGGCCUAGAUCGUGGGAGAAAGUGGAAGCCUACCAAUAUGUUCGGCAAUAG